AUUGCACUACGACCCCCUGAGCAUAGUCCUAUUUUUUGUUGCGCGGAAACGAACAAAAUAACCCAUGAGUUACACUAAAUUCAACAAAGUUGAGUGCUUUUCCGUGACAUCAAUUCAGCACGACUCAUGUAUUUUCAACUGCGCAGGAAAUACCUGAAAACCGAUGUCGCACCUUGAUGAGGCUCACUGUUAAUUUUUGUUUCAGCUUCAUAUUUCUUUCGGCAGCAACCGAUGGCCUAUUACGCUGGAAUUGAAGGCGGAACAACAGGCUCACGAAUGGUCAUCUUGUCUGCUGAAGGAAAGCAACUGGGGCAGUCAGAAGGACCCCAUACAAACUAUUGGCACCUUGGAAUGGAAGAGGCUGCCCGUAGAGUUGUGAUGCUUGCUGAUGAUGCCUUGAAAGCAGCUGGGCUACCAAAAGAAACUCCAUUUAAGGCGCUGGGCCUGGCACUAAGCGGAGUUAACACAGAGUCAAACUGCUUGCAAAUUAUUGAAGCAGUUCGAAAGAUCCGCCCAGGGAUCGCUGAAAAAAUCCACGCCUGCAAUGAUGCUGUUGGAACCCUAGUAACGGCAACCGACGAAGAUGCGAUUGUCCUGAUUGCUGGAACUGGAUCAAUUUGCAAGCUGAUUCGAAAAAAUUUGAGUUUUGUUCGCAUCGGAGGUCUUGGUUACCUUUUGGGCGAUGAAGGAUCAGCCUUUUGGAUUGCACACCAAGCCAUCAUGACCUACAUCAAGACCACUGAGGGGCUUUAUCAUGACCAAUUUGGCACACAAAUGUUGACCCAAGCCAUUUACAAACACUUCAACAUCAGUCAUCACCACGAGCUGCUGCCGCAUUUCCAUGAAAACAUCAACAAGACAUUUAUCGCACAACUUUGUAGACCAAUCGCUGAAGCUGCUCGUGAGGGAGACUUAGUUUGUAAACAAAUCUUUUUCGAGGCUGGUCUGCAUCUGGGUCGCCACGUGUCUGUUGCUGUGCGAAACGCUGAUAAGGAGGGUCUUAUAGCUCCUGAGGGCAUGGAUGUUAUCUGCUGUGGAUCAGUAUUUAAAAGUUGGGACCUUCUAGAAACAGGUUUCCGGGCCGGUGUUCAACCCAGACAUAUUUCAGACUGUCGGAAAGGCAGACUUCAUCUUCGCCUGCUCCAGACCACCGCUGCAUUUGGUGCAGCUAUUGUUGCUGCCAAAGUAGAACUGGGAAUCCAAAUUCCAAGGCCGGAAGAUGUCACAAAAUUGAUAUGCGACAUCGUCAUGUCCGAAGAAGACCCACAACGGCACCCUUGAUUUCUCAGCUUAGGAAUUUCCCUUUCUACUAUGUAUAUACUACCCAUUCCCUACGCCAACUCUGCAUCGCGAGGUAGCAGGAAGCAUAUGAGCAACACUGGCAUUCUCUGAUAUUUAGGUGAAGGAACUGCACUCACACCGAAGGGUUUAAUCAACCUUUGGAAAAGCUUUCUAAUACCCUGUGAUUUGCCUCUUGCAAUUUUCAUCCAAUUCUUCUACUACCUCACUGUAACCAAACUUAGAUUUCGCUUUUGUUGAGGUCUUUGCUUUGGCUCCCCGGUCUGCUGACAAGUCCACCAUAACAUUUUUCUAUUCAUAUGAAACGCCCCAGCAAUAAACCGUAUUUUACUCACGA